UGCGCCGGCGAGGCGCCGAGCCUUUCCUACCAAGAGCUCAAAGACCUGAAGAAGACGAACGUCCUCCACAUAGACGUGCGGGAGAGGUGGGAGAUCGACAGAUUUGGGAAAAUCCCAGCGUCCAUCAACAUACCGCUGGGUGAAUUAGUGGAAGCUCUACAAAUGGACCCAGCGGCGUUCAAGGAGCAGUACAAUCAAAAGAUGCCAUCCAAGUCAGACCCUGUGGUUUUCUCCUGUUUGGCAGGAAAAAGAAGUAAACAAGCACUCGGUUUUGCCACCUCCUUGGGUUUCAGCAGAGUUCAGCAAUAUGGUGGUGGCUUUGAGGAUUGGGUAAAACAUGAACCUCCAGAGCAGAAAUGAAGAUGACUACCCCACCCUUGCCCCGUCAAGGCUUCAGGAUGGUUUGUAGAUUUUAGCAUUCAAACUACCUGCAUUCCACUUCCAGAAUACAGCCCACUUCUGUUUUCUUGUGUAAAUGGACACUCACCUUCAAAUAGCCGUGCACAUCAACUGCUUGAUUUAAAUUAUAUCUAUAGACUAUGACAUGAACAGAGGACGUUAAAUUUGUUCAGCCUUUACUUUGGGCUAUGUUUUUUGGUGAGAGUACGCAAAGAGAACCUAAGUGCUUAUUAUGUUUACUAAGAUUUUUGUAUGAUGUAGUUUAUGACUGUUUAAACUGAUGACAAUAGGACAAAUAAAAUUACCCUCUCCCAAA